AUGUUAUUUUUUAAUGUUUGUGGAGCCUUCGAUAGCGUUUUAAGGACUAAAUUUGUAAAGCUAUUUGGAAGAGACUAUUUUGAGAUUGUUAGUCAAAAGAAGAUUAAAGAGAUAGUAAGCGAUAAAAUUAAAAUGGUUAAGGAAUAUAAGCUUUAUAAUAAUAGUACAAACAAUGAUAAUGGUAUUUUUAAACGUGCGGCGCAUACAGUUAAACGAGAGAACAUUGUUGAAAACAGACGACGAGUUUGUAAUUAUUCUAUAUUCUUUGAAGAUCGAAGAAUUUAUCUUGAUGUGACGGAUCUUAAUAAGGAGAAGGAUUUAUAUUAUAUUGUGUGGAUCGAUAUAGUUACUGAAGAUGGAAAGGCGAAGACAAUCGAGAUGAGUCCUUUUACUUAUAAUGUUUCAAAAAAAAAGUGGCUUGAUUCAGAGAUUGAAGAUGUCAGGUACAACUCUGAUGCACAGCAGUCCACGGCUGAAGAAACAGAUUCUUCUAUGACUCAAAACUUUAGUAAAAGUAAUAUAAUAUCUUUUAGCUCUUUAACAUUUUGUAUAUAUUUACUGACUUAUGUUUGUGUUGGUUCUAUUUUUUAA